ACGGUGCCAUGGGACUGCACAGGCAGGCAGAGCUGUGAGUGCUCCAUUAUGUGUUUACAAAAGUAAAUUAUUCUUUUUCCCUAAUUUAAAAAAACUAAUGGCAUGAAAAAUGUUUUAAAAUAAUUUAAGAAUAGUGACUAAAAUUUUCAGCAAUUUGAAAUAUUACGUCUAGGUUCAGCUGAAAAAUAUAAAAAAAUGUCUUUUUUGGACAAAGAGAAACGUCAAAUAUGUUGGGAUAAUAGAGAUGCAUUUUGGAGUUGUCUGGAUAAAAAUGAAAAUGCGGAAAGUCCAUGUGCUCAAUUUAGAAAACAAUAUGAACAAACAUGCCCAAUUCAGUGGGUGAAACACUUUGAUAGAAGAAGGGAGUAUAAUAAAUUUAAGGAACAAAUGGAAAAAAAAGGAUAUGUGCCGAAUUUUCCAGAAAAACAGGGCGUUAAAUCUUAAACAAUUAGUUAAUUAUACAAUAGAAAUGACAAAACUGUAAAAUAUUUUAAUUUACCAAAAAAAUAUAAAAGAAACGUUAAGUUUAA